UCGGCGGCGUUGUUAUUGACGCCAUAUUGGGGCCGGCGGCGGGUGGAAGAGUGGUGCGGUGGAGGGGGAAGUGACUGGACGUGUUCGCUUGAGCUCCUGACGCCGCUGCCGCCUUACAAUCUCUCCUCAUCGACCGCCGCCCUCAAGCUUCGUACUCUACUCGACUGAUUUGGGAGUCGCGUUCCAGCCUCACACCUCACAGGGCUGGUAUCGACUUCGAAGGGUGCCGGUCUCAGCGCAGGGGCGCCUCAGGCACGGCGCAAAGCUCGAACGGACGGCGGGGGCGGCCGGAGCUUCUCCCGGGGGGAUCCGCGCCUAAGGAGGCGGAAGAGCCCCCCCGAUGCGGCUGGCGUGAGCUGCUGACACCGCCCCUCCCGCUCACGCCCGCACCGGCCCGGGCCACUGCCCCUGCCGCGGAGGCAGCGGAGGCGGCUCUCCUCUCCUCACCGGCGCUCCGCCACUCGCCUUUCUGCUCUUGAGCCCGUCGGUUAGGCUCUCCUCGAGUCCCCGCUCUCCCCCUUUCCCUCGUCCUUCCCUCCCGACCCCACCCGAGCCCGGCACCUCAGCUCUGCCCCGGCCAUGGCGUGCGGAGCCACUCUGAAAAGGACUCUGGAUUUCGACCCGCUUCUGAGCCCGGCGUCCCCGAAGCGGAGACGAUGUGCGCCAUUGUCGGCGCCCACCUCGGCCGCCUCCUCCCCGUCGGCCGCGGCCGCGGCCACCGCCGCCUCCUUCUCGGCCGCCGCCGCCUCACCGCAGAAGUAUCUCCGAAUGGAGCCGUCACCCUUCGGCGACGUCUCCUCCCGCCUCACCACAGAACAAAUUCUGUACAACAUAAAACAAGAAUAUAAACGCAUGCAGAAGAGAAGACAUUUAGAAGCUAGUUUCCAACAGACGGAUCCAUGUUGUACUUCUGACGCACAGCCACAUGCAUUUCUCCUCAGUGGACCAGCUUCACCAGGGACUUCGUCUGAAACAUCCUCACCAUUAAAAAAAGAACAGCCCUUAUUCACUCUACGGCAGGUCGGGAUGAUCUGUGAACGUUUGUUGAAAGAACGUGAAGAGAAAGUUCGAGAAGAGUAUGAAGAAAUACUGAACACAAAACUUGCAGAACAAUAUGAUGCAUUUGUGAAGUUUACACAUGAUCAAAUAAUGCGACGAUAUGGAGAACAGCCUGCUAGUUAUGUUUCAUGAAUCACAUUUCUGCAUUUGUGGGCUGCCUUGUUCCUUGUUGAGUUGUUGCAAGAGGUCCCAAUUAUGACAUGCAGCAAUGCCAAUACCCCCCUGUGAAUACAGGUUAUUUCAAGCUUUCGUCAGUGGCAACCACUCUUAGGCAGCAACUGGUUUUGGAAAUUUUCCUGAUGUCAGUACCACCCGGAUGUGGACCUUUGCCACCUGUAUUAAUACCAGUGGCCUCAUUUGCUGUAUCAUUACAAUUUGGCUUCUUAUAUUAAUAUGUUUGAAAAGGAUUAAAGCUGGUAUUCUAAGAACAUGCCCUUCACUGGUUGUGUAAAUAAAACUGUAGAAUGACACUUCAGAUGAAGUUAGUGUGAUUUUAAUUGUGCACUACAACCACGAUGUAACCAGUUAUUAAUAAUUUAGAAUGUAAUCCCAGGACAUUAUCAAGCAAAUAGCCUACAGUGCUUCCUGUGAAAUAGUGGAGGAGGGCAUUUCUGUAUUCCAGGACUUCUUGGGGCUUCAGAAUGGGUUUAUAUGAUUUUCUCUUUCUCUCUGUCUCUCUCUCUCUCUUUCUCUCUCUCGGUAGUUUUUAUUUAUUCUAUCAGUCUUUUUAACAAAUGUUUAUUGCCGCAUUUCCCCCCCCCCCCAGUGUAUCAUUGUUUUACUGCCCUUGUAGUACUGGAAUUUAGUUGGAAGAAUAAAACAUUUACUUCUAACCUGCUUGUUUUUUAAUAUACAGAUGGGUAGUAUUUGAAUAAAGCUAGUGUUUUAAGUGUGA